UAAUACAUGCAACAAAAUCCAGAAUUCAAGCAAAUACAAGGUUUGCUCCAGCACUCUCAAUAACUUAGUACUUUUAACAUUACUUUUGCUUACAUAACCAAAGCCUAUGUUGCACAAAGAUUGCAUGCGCUCUACAAAAAGACUCAACAAUAGGUAUCAUUCUAAAUAAUCCUUUUCUCAGAAUUACCUCUAAAUGCUGUAAUAAUUGAUCAGCGAAUUGGAAAAUUUGAAGACCUAGAAUCCAUAAUUGUAAAAUAAAGAAGAAAACAAAAAGCAUUAUACAGAAUUCGUUUAUAAAUUCUUCUAUGAUGCAGACACAAGAGAAAGAGACGGAGAGGUUUCCUAAGAACUCAUGCAUAUGUUUGGAUCAGUUUAAAAGGCUAUUGAAGUGCUCCAAUACUUUGAGCCACUGAAUUAGGAUCAAUUGGAAAAGCGUAAUUGUUAUUUAAAUAUUAUAGAAAAGUAUGCAAAAUUUAAGAUGGUUGACCAACACAAAAAACUCAAAGAUCCAACAUUAAUUAAACCUAAAGCUAAAGAUUCCAUCGAGGAAGAGCUUGAAUAAAUUGCACAAAAAUAACUUUAAAUAUCAUAGCAUUAAUAAUAGAACACUACUUAGCAAUAAUAGUAAUAACAAUAAAAAGAAUAGCCAGCAAUAAUAUAAUAACCAAUUAAACCAGUCGCACCAUAAAAUGAAACACCAUAAACUUCACUUCAAUAAUAAUAAUCGUAGUAUUAAUAAUAGUUGUAAUAAUAAUAGUAGUAAUGGUAAUCAUAAUAGUAGCAAUAGUAAUCAUAAUUUUAAUAAUAGUAAUUAUAAUAGUAAUAAUAAUAGUAAUAAUUGUAAUAAGAACAAUAAUUGUUGUUAUAACAAUAAUAAUAAUAAUAAUAGUAAUAAUAAUAGCAAUAAUAAUAAUAUUAAUAAUAAUUAUUACUACAAUAAUAAUAAUAAUAAUAAUAAUUAAUAAAUUAAUAAUAAAUGUCAUCAUAAGCACAACCAUAAUGUAAGCAUUCAAUAAUAAUUUUAGCAUAAUAAGGAAAACCCUAAGCAACCAAACUCUCUCCAAUGGAACAAGCAUAAAUGAGAAACUAAAUCAAAACUGUUUUAUAAUAAGCAAUUUCAGAAGUAGACUUUAAAAAAUAUUAAAAUGCAAAAGAUUAACUCCAAAAAACUUUAGGACUGCUAUAAUAAUUAUUAGAUAGUUAGUGA